CCCCUGCCCUUGCGGCGGUGGAAAGAUGGCGGAAUUGGACAUUGGGCAGCACUGCCAGGUGCAGCACUGCCGGCAGCGAGAUUUCCUUCCAUUUGUAUGUGAUGGUUGUUCAGGAAUAUUUUGCCUCGAACACAGGAGCAAGGACUCUCAUGGUUGCCCUGAGGCGAAUGUGAUCAAGGAGAGACUGAAGACAGAUGAACACAAAUCUUACCCAUGCUCCUUCAAGGGCUGUGCUGAAGUAGAGCUUGUGGCAGUGAUCUGUCCUUACUGUGAGAAGAACUUCUGCCUAAGACACCGUCAUCAGUCGGAUCAUGAGUGCGAAAAGCUGGAGAUCCCAAAACCUCGAAUGGCUGCCACACAGAAACUUGUCAGAGACAUUGUUGAUGCCAAGGCAGGAGGAGCAGCCAGUAAGGGACGGAAAGGUGCAAAAAGCAGCAGAACAGCCGCAAAGGUGGCGCUGAUGAAGCUGAAGAUGCAUGCUGACGGGGAUAAGUCCCUGCCGCAGACAGAAAGAACGUACUUCCAGGUAUACUUACCAAAGGGGAGCCAAGAGAAAAGCAAAGCCAUGUUCUUCUGCCUACGGUGGAGCAUCGGGAAGGUUGUGGACGUUGCAGCGUCUCUAGCUGGUCUCAGGAAUGAAAACAACAAGCUAACAGCAAAGAAGCUGAGGCUGUGCCACGUCCCUUCAGGAGAAGCCUUGCCUUUGGAUCACACAUUGGAAAGGUGGAUCACGAAGGAGGAAUGCCCUUUAUAUAAUGGAGGGAAUGUUAUUUUGGAAUAUCUUAACGAGGAAGAGCAGUUUGUAAAAGAUGUUGACUCUUACUUGGAAUAGUCAUUCAAGGACUCAAGCCAGACUUUAUAAGCAGAAACCAUUCUAAGUAGAUAGUCAGUUUCUUUUACUACAGAUACUUUUUUAAAACUCCAAAAGUUGCUGACUUAAAAUUCAUUUCCAUUAAGUCAUAAUUUACACCAUUAGUUUUCUCCUAAGUUCCGUGUUCUGUGUUUUAGAGUUAUGUGCUGAUAGUUACUCACAGAGUGUUUUUAUUAGCUGCUCCUGGGUUAGGCUGCAGAAACAUUAACAAGCCUGUCUUUCCUGUUACACUAACAGCCACUCACUGGCCAUUGUGUCACGCUCUGCACACCUUCUCUCCGAGGCCCUGCUCACUCUACGCUCACCAUUCUGUGAUUUUCCCAUUCUGCAGCAGAGAAAGAUGCGGAUGGCAGACUCUUCGGUGGGGUCUUACAAGUGGUACUUGCCAUCAUUGUUGAAAGCACCUUCUAUGAUUAAGCCUAAUAUUAUGGGGUCAGAAUACAUAGCCUUACAGUAUACCUAAAUCAUGACGUAUGGAUUGCAGAGUCUUGCAGAUCCUCUCAUUCAGUCUUCCAGGCAUUUGGGUAAGAAACCACAUACCUAAGAAGGGAAAGUUAUUUUCUUGGUAUCAUGUAAUUGCACUGGAUAUGUUUCUGGUAAAGAAUUUUUCUACAAUAGGAUUCAUCUUUUUAUUGGUAUGAAUGAAUUACAGAUGAGAAGACAUUGACUUUGUUACAGUCUUGCUCUCUGUACCAAAGCAAUACAAUUAUUGCAUUUUAUCUAUACAUUGAAAUAAAACCUCUUGGGGAAUGCUUUCUGUCUACACAUGAGCAGAAUGAAUGUUUUCUGUCUGUGUAGGAUGUAGGACUACAUACACUAUGGAGGAAAUCCGCACACCCCACCCCCUUUCUGUACCAGUUUUCACAGCAGUAGAUCAAUUAGAGAGUAAACUGAGCAUGCUCACUUGGUCCUUGUCAGCUCCAUCUUUUCAUGUUCACACCAUAGUGAUCAUUUCCUGCUGUUAUCAGCUUCUAAAUUCAUUCCUUUAUAGUUAUCUGCCUACUUGCUUGAAACGCCAGUGUCUGAUCUCCAGUAGUGUAGGCAAAAGGCAGAGUUGUGAGGCAAGUUGCAAAUAAGUGAAUAGACCGUAUAGCUGCAUCCCAAUAACUGUUUUAUUGGAAACUAUCAAACUAGAAAUAGAAAUAUUUUUAUUUAGAAAUAGUUAGAAUAACUAGUUACAAAUAUUGUUUAAAAGCCCAUGUACCAGAUUUUUUGUCUUUUGUUUUUUGGGUUUUUUUGUUUUGUUUUGUUUUGUUUUUUUUUGUGAUGCCUAAAGUUUUAAUACCAACCAGUACUUUACUUUAAUAACAAUUCUUGAACAUAGUCUAGGAAGGAUGAAAAACGUCUUCUCUCAGUGAUCAGACAAAAGAGCAAGGCUAUCCAGAGAGGGGCUGCCACAGUGGGUACACCGUCCAUAAGCUAGGCCAGGUCCUGGGUGAUGGGGCCCACAGGGGAGAGGAUGCCAGGGUGAGCAACCUCGGUACUAAAGACUGGCAGCUAAGGCAUGCACAGUCUAAAGAGAACAAAGUGUAGAUGGAAUCUCAGUCCCCCAACUCCCUGUGUCCAAAUACUCUGAAGGCAGAAAUCUCAGGUUUUACGUUGUGUGCCUAAUAAAAUGGGAGGGUCACACUGUCUGCAUCCUACCUGGUGUUUUCACUUGCUGCAUGGGAUACACAGCAUAGGAAAGGAGUGUAGAUGAACUGUUGGAAUAAUACUUUGGCACUAACAAGCACCAGUCUAAAGAAUAAGGAAACAGAUGAGAACACUGGGUAAUAGGAUUCAUCCUAGCUACAUUUAUCAGGUUUCUGUCCUGAAGUUUUCAGAAGAUGGGUUAGGAGAGCCUGAAAGCAAAAACAAAAACAAAUAAAAAUUCUGAAGUGCUUGGGAGGAAAAGCAUACACUCGCUUUAUUUUGUAAGUUACACGUACCACAGUAUGUGUGUGGAGUCAGGACAACUUGUGGGAGUUGGUUCUAUUCUAUAAGUGUUCUGCAGAUCAAAGUCAAGUGUUCACCUUGGCUGCAAGUGCCCUUACCCACUGAGAUAUCUCACUUGGCUCUUUAUUCAUUUGAUACACAUUUACUAUGUACCCCAGGCUGGCCUUAACCAUGUAAUAGUCCUGCUUUAGCCACCAGGGUCAGGUGUUUUGUCACUUUAAAGUUGCAUAGGAAGCAGACUGUGGUGGCGCACUAGGAGCAAAAGCAGGCGGAGCUCUAAGCUCAGGACCAGCCUGAUCUACAGAGUGAGAUCCAGGACAGCCAGAGCCUUACAGUCAGACUCUGCCCUAAGGGGGGUUGGGAAUUUAACUGGUGCCAUUGAGUAGAUUAGCCUUAUUCUCUGUUCUCAGUGUGAGUAAAUGUGUCUUAAUGUCCCAUGUGGAAAUCAUGAUACUGAAGUCUACCAUAUUUGAAAAAUUAACCUACAAUCACAGCCUUAAAAAAAAAAUGUCCAACUGUGAAAAGGCCACAAUGAAGCUCGUUAUUUUGUAUUCUAACACCCAGACACACAUACAGACGCAGAUACACACCUAGAGGUAGAACUAGAAUAGCCAUCUGUGUAGUGGUAGGUAGUAGAGGGUUUAUUGUUUUUGUUUUUAUUGUGUGGCGUCCUCUCAUUUGGGAAAUUGGGUCUGUGGAUUGCUUUUCCUCAUCCAUGGAGGCUAAGGCACAGUUGGGUCAGUUGACUGGUGCCCAUGACCCCAGCUGUGCAUAGUGAGUCAUGUUACAAAGACUGGGUCAUUGGAACUAAGGUCAGUCAGUACCUUUUCACCAUCAAAUUCCAAAUGCCCAGGAGCAGCAGCCACUUAGUUGGGCUUUACCACCUUAUGUUGUUACGUGGUGACCCUGCAUGAUAUUUUCCCACUUACAGAUACCAAGGGUAGACUAAGUGUUUGCUUUACCUUGUAGAUUUGCUCUAGAACUCUAGGAUUAUUAGCAUCAAGGGUGCUCUCAAGGCCAGCCAAUGUAGCUAAUGACUAACCUGGGCCAUUGUGCCUCAGUUUAGUGGCCCAAUGUUAUAGGUGUGAAUCAGGGUACAAAGGGCACCUGCUUCAGUUUCUGAUCAUUUGUGCCCCGAACAAGGAAUUGGACUAGGAAUGGACACAGGGAUGCUGGUAGGAAAAGAUAGUUUAUUAAGAAAGUGUUUCCUAAGAGGGACGUGGACCAAGGCUGGAGAAAGGUGAGAAGGUUAGUGGUGCCUAUUCAGAGCAGAUUGUCAUAUUUGUCACUGUAGCUUGGAGAUCAGUAUGACUAUUCCAUCAUAUCAGAGUCAAAACGGCCUGACUGUGUGCUGAUGUGACACGAGAGAAUGCAAUGGAGGGAGAGGAAGGGGACGCCUUCAUUUGUUGUUUGUUUGCAUGCUUUGUUACAAGACAGCCUGGUAGGAAGGGGCUUCCAGUCUUUUAGCUAAUUGGCUUCUUUCAUCGCCAAUUCUCACUUCCUCUGUCUUCUGUGCUCCCUCUCCCCCUCCCCCUUUCUCCUCCCCAUUCCCUCCCCACCACACACUCUCCUGUCACACCAGUGUGUAGUUAGGCCAUUUGCCUCUUUCUUGAUGGAAUAGUCAUACAGAUUCAAGUCAUGAUAUCUGUCUUAGGGGUUUUGUUUUGUUUUGUUCUCCCUGGCUGCUUUUAUUUUAUUAUUUUUCUGAGGACCAAAAGUAAUAACUCCAAGUGUUUUUCCUCAGGUAAUAAGGAACUCAGGAAGAGAGAUUAGGUUUUUUGUUUGUUGUAAGAGACACCUGUUAAAUGCAAGGGUUUAUUUUUAUGUUUUCUUAACUACAAGUUAAACUGGUUGUGUCACUUGGCUCACUCGAUAGCUUUAUGCGGGUUUGAAGUACAACAGCCCUCCUCCUGGACCUUGACCGACCAAACCUAACUGUUACCUAACUCACAUUUGCGCCUUCAGUGACUGAAGACCUGUAAGAAAAAAUGAUCUUUUGUUUUUUAAUAAAACCGGGUUGGCACACAUGGUUUGUUUAAACUUUCAAAA